UAUUGGCUGUUGGACUCCUUGUGGCUGUAGGUAGUCUCCCUGUCAUUCCUUACAUAUUGAUGUAACAUUUUUCAAUGUUUUCUUUAAACUACAGUGGGAUUAGCCUGUGUCCCACACAUCUACUUUCACUGAAGUCCACUGUGAGAGUACAAGCUGCAGAAACCUUGUAAUCCAAAUAUUAAAACAUGGAAAACCUAGAGGAGAGCAUUGGGGAAGAAGAGAAUUAUGGCAUUGAUCAGGAAUACAGUGAUCCAGAGACAGAAUAUUUCAGUGAUGACAGCUGUGACUGGAUCUUAGACAGGAAAAUCAUGUGGCUGUCACUUCCUCGUCUGUGCUUGGAGCGUGUAUUCAGUUUUCUGCCAGACCGGGAUCGCAAAACUGCAGCUCUUGUUUGUCAUCAGUGGCACAACGUCAUGCGCUCACCUUCUCUCUGGCGCCACCGCCGUUUUCACUUCAGUGGUCGGAUUUCCAAAUUCAGGAAGCCAGAUUACUCCUCUGCCAUUGCCUAUGUGAGCCUUCUGGGCGCCUACCUGGAGAGGUUGGAGGUGACUGUGUGUCCUCCAAGGAAAACCCAGGCAGCCCUGAGACUGAAGGGAGCGAUCACUCAACUGUUUUCUGAGCUCAUCAGGGUGAGGGCCCCACUGCGCUCGCUAGCCGUCAUGAACCUGGAGUUGGACAGAAGCGCUUGGACUUCAAGCCUCAGAGCCUCAAUGGUGGGCUGCCUGAUUUCAUUCCUCCAGAGAGGCAGCUCAAAACUCAACUCCAUUUGUCUGAGCGGGAUGCGAAACUGCAUCCAUCAGGGUGUGGAGCUGCUUUCUGCCUUGUUACAUUAUGAGACGCGCUUCUACCCCCGGUGCUAUAUUUCCUCUUUGGAUUUGGAAGCAUUCUUUUCUGGUUCGGUGAACGUCUACCUCAACUCCAGCGUGCCCGACAACCUGAGCCAGUUGCAGUGUCUCACCGAUCUGAGGCUGAGUUACUCCUGUUUGUCAGAUGAGCUGCUAAUGGCCCUCCAGCAAAGACACGGAGGAGGGAGGCAAAAGUCCAGCAGAGAUGGCAACACCCUGCAAACAUUUUUACUGCACUGCUGUCUUAAAGAACCACAUCAACAGCUGAUUUGUGGCAGCUCAUGGGCAACUUUGGCAUCAAGCUGCCCAGACCUCAAAGUCAAGAUUUCAGUGAACCAAGUUGUUAACAUUGAUCGCCUCGCCAGGAUGCUGCUGCCCGAGAUUCCCCUGAGUGAAUACUGCAUGUCUGCUUUCUACUCGCCCAACGAAGACUGGAGUCCCAAGCCUCUCCUCAGCGACAUACUGCCUCAGUACAGACACACCCUUCAGCAUCUAAACCUGGACUUAAACAACUUCGGUGAAUCUUUGGAUGAGGAGCUGUUGGAGCUGGUUAAAGUGUGUGAGCGUCUGGUAAAGCUGAGCAUCUGCGCAUUCUUGGAAAUCCGAACUGUUGCGAGGUUGCUAGACAUGAGUUUAACUCAAAGCUCCCUCAAGGAGAUCCACGUAAGAAUCUGCAGCUUUAAUGAAGGUGCUGGAGAGGAGGAAGAAGCACUGGAGGAAAUGCUGUCUUCCUACCUUCAUCUUCCUCCUGAUCUGUGUUUUUCUGCCAUAAUUUACCCGUUUGAAUAAUACUUUCACGGGGAUUUGUCGACCAGCAAAGGACAAACAAAAAAACAAAUAAAUGAGUGAAGCAUAAAAA